AUGUCAACAGCCGGAAGAGGAAAAACAGGAGGUAAAGUCGGAGGUAAAGUCGGUGCCAAGAGACAUAGAAAGGUCUUGAAGGAUUACAUCUACGGUAUUACCAAGCCAGCCAUCCGUCGUCUCGCAAGAAGAGGUGGUGUCAAGCGUAUCUCUUUCCCAAUCUAUGAGGAGAUCCGUAACGUCCUCCGUCAAUUCUUGGAGCAUGUCAUUCGUGACUCUGUAGCCUACACUGAGCACGCCAAUCGUCGUACAGUAACUGCCAUGGAUGUCGUCUACGCUCUCAAGAAGCAAGGUCGUACUCUCUACGGUUUCAAUUCUUAA